AUGUCUCUCACAAACGACUCGCCAGAGGUCGCCGCCGCCGCCGCCAAGACGGCCUCCUUCACUCUGGCCUCGCUGCCGGCAUCGGCUCGCAACGAGGCCCUCGAGGCCAUCCACGCGGCUCUCACAGCGUCCAAGGACGAGAUCCUGGCAGCGAAUGCGCGCGAUCUGGAGCUUGCGCAGAAAGCGGCCGCGGAUGGGAUGCUGUCACAGGCGCUCGUGUCGAGGCUGGAUCUGGGCAAGAAGGGCAAGUUUGAGGAUAUGUUGCAGGGGAUAUUGGAUGUGAGGGACUUGGAAGAUCCUGUGGGCAAGGUCUCACUACGGACAAAGCUCGACGACAACCUCAACCUGGAGCGGGUUUCAUGCCCGAUUGGCGUCCUUCUCAUCAUCUUCGAGGCGCGCCCUGAAGUCAUUGCCAACAUUGCCAGUCUGGCAAUCAAGUCCGGCAAUGCUGCCAUUCUCAAGGGAGGCAAGGAGUCUACAGAAUCCUUCAUCGCCAUCUCAAAAGUCAUCUCCUCUGCUCUCUCCACAACUCAGGUCCCCAACUCAGCCAUCCAACUCGUCAUCACUCGCGACGCCAUUCUCCAGCUUCUCAGCCAGGAUCGCAGCAUUGAUCUUGUCAUCCCCCGCGGCUCAAACGAGCUUGUCCGGUACAUCAAGGAAAACACAAAGAUCCCCGUCUUGGGCCACGCAGACGGCCUCUGCAGCAUCUAUCUCACAGCCUCCGCCGACAAGGAGAAGGCUGCUGUUGCCAUUGUCGACUCCAAGACCAGCUACCCAGCUGCGUGCAACAGCGUAGAAACCCUCCUUGUCCAGGACAAAGCCCUCGAUACCAUCUUCCCCAGCGUGGCUGCUGCACUGGCUCAGAAAGGCGUGACUCUCCGCGUUGACGCCACCAGCAAAGCCGCCCUCGCAGCUGCAUCCACCGCGUUCCCAGACGGCACUGUUGUAGAUGCCACCCCAGAAGACUUUGAUACAGAACACCUUUCCCUGACACUGGCCGUCAAGACAGUAUCUUCCGUCGAGGAAGCCAUUCUCCACAUCAACACCCACGGCUCUCACCACACAGACUCCAUCUUCACCUCGGACGGAGCCGAGGCCGAACACUUUAUGAAUCAGGUAGACUCAGCCGGUGUGUACUGGAACGCCUCAACCCGUCUGGCGGACGGCAUGCGCUACGGCUUUGGAACCGAAGUCGGCAUCAGCACCAACAAGAUCCACUCUCGGGGACCGGUGGGCCUGGACGGUCUGACAAUUUACAAGUACAAGAUAAGGGGAGACUAUCAGCCGACGGCGCAGUAUGGCGAGGGCGAGGGAAAGAGACCAUGGAAGCAUGAGCGGUUGGCUUUUUAA